CGAUGGCAUGUGCUGUCGCAGAGAAUGGAGGAUGUAUUAUUUUUUAUCAUGAAUUCAAAUCCACUCACGCAGAAAGGCAUUGCACGCUUAAAAAGGUGGUCACUAUUGAAGGUUCUGAUCAGUAAUCAAUUAGCCUUCGAGAUGAUUGCUUUCUACAGUCUUUUGCUGUUCGCGGCUUGUUCUUCUGUUGCUUCAAGCAGUCCGUCCGAGUCUUGCGUGGUAGAGAAUGAACUCACCUCGAAUCCCUCGACCUGCAAUCAGUACUACCGCUGUCUUAAUGGAGAACGGAUCCUGUUCAGCUGUACAGAGGGCAAAGUGUUCAAUCCCUCCACCAAACGGUGCGUUACAUCCGACCUCUACCCGUGCGAUGAGACACAACCGGAGAUCACAACAGCGGAACCAUCGUUGCUCUGUCUUCACAACCCAAAUGGGAUCGUUCCACACCCGUCCGAUUGUGAUAAGUACAUCGUUUGCAGUGGAGGUUUGCAAACAGUGCAGUACUGUGGAUAUCGGGAGAAUUUUUCAUGGAAGAAGUUAGGUUGUGGCGAAGACGUCUCUUGCAGUGAAUACUUCAACGGGUACGCCAGAACGCUCGAAUCAGUCGCGUGCAACCGACAAUCACUCCCGCUGGCGGAACAUCCUUACGAAGUUGGUACGUACAUUGACUGUGGCGCUCAGGAGUCUGUCAGCUGCGUCGAAGGUACAAUCUUUCGCUGGAACUAUCAGCGCUGUCUUCCGGGGCUGGUGGCAACGAACGAGUUGCAGAGUGCCGCACCUAAUUGUGGCGCCUUUGGCAAAGGCGCACAUCCUUAUCUCUGCGAGAAAUACUUCAAGUGCGUCUUCUGGAUCUCUUCACUAGAAAAUUGCCCCGCGGAUAUGAUCUACAGCGCAGAGGGCAAUGAGUGUGUUCCGGGUAACUUCCAAACGUGCACCGUAAAUCAGACAUACUUGAAUGGUGCAGAACAUGCCCAGCGGGACACACUUGGACGUUCGGCUGCUCGCCAGCACAGCGAACAAACUGUGUACAAUCACUCGGAUGAGGAUAAACCGCUCCGUACGGCCGGUUUCUGCACAUUGUUUCUACGGGAUGCAUCUUCCUUGGAGUCGCUGCUGUCGUCUUCACUCGAGUUUCCACUGUCCGGCGUAGGGGCUACUGGUGGAGGUGGACGACUGCCUCCGCCACUACUUCCACCGCCACCACCACCACUUCCACCGCCACCUCCUCCUCCACCAGGACGACGGAAAGGUUCCUCAAUGCUCACAUGCUCACUUACUGCCAUCACAGCACUGGCCAACACUGCUACAGUUACAAUUACGCCCUUUACUAAGCAUUCCUGCGAAGCUAAGUGUAGAUCGUUUCCCGGAAAACAUACACCAGACCAACACUGUAUCCAAUGUACCUAUCUUAGAUCGCUUAUCACAUCUGAUGUCAGUUUAAAAGCAACUAUCCUAUUGCCUUAUCUCCACACUAGUAGUUUACGUGUCGAUACGAUCGUGCAGCGAAAACCUUCUCUUCCCGCAAUGACUCUUCAACAAGUCCUGGUCACUGCAUUGCUGGUUGCUGCUGCUCUUUGGAGUGUACCUGCCGAAGGAGUGGAUUUUAACAAACUGUGUCAGGGUGUCCGGUUUGGCACCUUUGCACAUCCCGACGAUUGCCGACAGUACGUAAUGUGCGUUCUCUGGAACCCGGUUGUGCUAUCCUGUCCCGGCGGGUACGUUUUCCAACCGGAGGUACAGUUUUGUGUUCAAGAAUUGCAGUACCAGUGCAAUACUGAGGUAACAUCCGGUCCAGAGGAGACAACUACUACCUCCACUACACCGGAACCAACCACUUCCGUGCCCGAGUGUGUGCACCGUCCAUCGUGGGAAUCAUUCUUCUGUGAUAAUGCACGUCGUGCGCUCGUGGCAAACCCGAUGAACUGUACACAGUACAUCCGCUGUCAGCUGGAGGUCCCGGCGAAUCAACAUUGCCCUUCCGGCACUGUCUUCAACGACCUCUAUCAGGACUGUUUUCCUAGAGAGCACGAGACGUGCACGUUGGCUAGCGUUCGGGAGGAUUUCUGUGUCAGCCGUGCCGACGGUAGCUAUGCCCAUCCGUUCCUGUGCAAUCGCUUCGUCACGUGCGUCCAGCAGCAGCUACGGCUCGAAUCGUGCCCACCGUUCUUCGUGUUCAGCCCAACGGUAGCGCACUGUGUGAAGGGAAGUGCCGUCGACUGCUCGAGUCUGUUGAAUUAGUGAUAAGUGAGCGUAUUUAAAAUAAAGUGCACGCGUUCAAUGGCAUGUGCUGUCGCAGAGAA